AUGGGGCCGCCGGGGGCGUCGCCCCAUGAGGACCCCCUGCAGCUGUCCACGCCGUUCACGUCCUUCCUCAGGCUGGCGCCCGGCCCUCCUGGCCCCCCCGGGCGGGAGUCGCUCGCGCAGUGGAAGAAGAUCAAGUCGCUGGACGGCACGUCCGGCGUGUACACGGGCACGGUGCUCAGCGUCGCGGCGCUCUCGUUGGUCAUCCUCUUCCGAGAGCGCGGGUUCUUCCAGGGCCGCAAGGCAUCGCCACCGCUGGAUGAUGUGUGGGAUGUCUCCCCCAUCUGGAACCGCGUCCUGGGCUCCCUCUUCCUCCUUCUGUAUGCCAUUGGCACGGGCUUCCUGGCCUUCUUGUUGCUGGUGCCUAACCUGUGCACCUUCCACAGAGAUCAGCGUGUGAAGAAGUACAGGUGGGAGUUCUACUCAUUCCUUGCACUGCUUUUUUCGGACCUCUUGGCUGUGUUCCUGGUGGCCUCUGCUCGUGAGUCAUUUGAGUACAGGCAGGACACCAGCAAGUUCGAGAGCCCGGUGGCCCACUACUUCAUCCUGGUGGUGUUUGGGAUCGUGCUGAUGCUGCUCAACCUGCAGUUCUGGCGGAUAAUCGUCUUCAACGAGGCCAAGGAUGACCAGAAGCCAUGGGUGAUCUUGAGGGAGAGGCUGGAUGAGGCAGUUAUGCAGACCAGGACACCUGCCUUCAUACCUAUGGAAGCACACCCACCGGUCGAAGAGAAACCCAUGGGUUGCAUCGACUACAUAGCAGAAAAGGUCGCCAAGACACUGUACUACUUAGCAAAAAUUACACGUGGACGGGACAAGUCCAAAGGCAUUGUCCGAACAACUGUCAAGAAGGCUGACGCUGGCGUGUCCAAUGGUGUUGUGGCGUCAGCGGGCUGCUUGAGAUGGGUGUGCUGUCUGCAAGUUGGGUGGACAAGGUGUUUCGACGGGAUUUUCAGCUGGGUUGGCCCAUGCUGGGACGAUUUCAGCAAACGCGCUCAGGACAGCGACGAAAAGACUUUCCUGUGGCGCCUCAAGCCGGUGGUGCAGGUGGGGGACAAAGUUGCGAAUGCCAUUAGGAAUGUGCGCUCUGGGAUGCAGAGCUAUGUACAAGAGGCCUGGGAUGGCAUCAAGGAGGACAGACGCCCCAAAGGCUACAGGCACCCUGCAUGGCUGAAGGGGGCUGUGCUGACUGCUGCUGUUCUCACCAUCUAUUUUGGUCUGGUGCUCAAUGCCCUCUUCCUAGGGGCUGUCAACGAUAUUUACUUUCCCCUCAGGAGGUGCAUAUUGGAGUACAAGCUGGUGGCCAGCUUUUUCCUGAGGCUCAUAAACUUCACCGAGGGCAGCAGGGUUGCAAUGUCCCCCUUUCUUUCAGGCGACCUGGUGGGGGCGAAUGCAACCACAAACUUCACCACUUUGGUGGGAGAGUACGCUGCGGGGCUGCUGGAACGCCUCAAUUCGGAACUGCAGGAAGAUCAUCUGUACAACUGCACGGAUGGAGAGCAUGGCGAUCCCAGCGUGCUGCUGGCAGCAAUCAACUUUGUGGAAUCAGACCUCCAGAGGCAGGAGGACGCUGCGGGUGUCGACAACCCCAAGGACGUCUUCUUUGACCGGACGCCUGGGGCCGUGACGAUCAUAUUCGACAACCUGAUGGACAACUUGCGUUGGAGCGUGUGGGUGGGCUACGGCUGUGGCCUGCUGGUCAGCCUCUACACCCUCAUUUCUGUCUUGAGGCAGUACAAGAAAAUCAGCCUGGCCAUUCGCAGUGGCCUGUUCACAGACCUGCAACUGCCGCAGGACAUGGUGAUCGUGGACAGGGUCGUGGCCAAGAGGAACCUGAAGCGGGUGGAGGGUGUGGUACGCACCAUGCUGACUGACCGCAGCUGGGAGACAGUCAUAAAGAAGUACCCAAUCAGCAAUGCCUCAUUCUUCUUUGGGAUCUUGGUCAGCACCGCAGUCUUGCAGCUGCUGGUGUUUGGAUGGAUUGUGGCCACGAUGUUCGCCAUGAUCGCCAGCGUGCCGGCCAUGAUCACGAUCCUCAAGCCCGUGUUCCCCUUCGUCCUGGCGCUGUUGGUGAUGUGGUUUCUGAACGAGGUGAUAGCCAACCGUGUGGUGGCGGAAAACAUGCUGGUGCACAACUACGACGUGCUGCACGAGCUGUAUUUUGUGCUCUUCCUGCUGAUCUACACUGGGGUGUACACCGUGCUUGGUAUCCUGUACGCCGUGUGGCGGCUGGCCAUGCUGUCAGUGACAGCCCUGGUGGGAGUCAACAGGCUGGACAAGAACCUGUUUACGAUAUUCAAGAACUUGGACCAGGGUCACAACGCCUUCUGGGCCACCAUCCUCAUGCACCACGCCUUCAUGGACGCCGCCAUCGAGGGCCACAAGAUGACCCAGCAGCGCUGGGUCACGGUCAUCAGCCGGGCCCGCGACACCGGCCGGGACAGCCCGGACGGCGCCCAGCCCGCCAACUCCGGCGAUCUUCUGUCCCCGAGGGACGAGGUGGAGGCGCUGUACGCCAGCGGCCGUCGGACGGACGGUAUGGAAAUCAGCGCGCAGGGCGUCUCGACCAAGGCGCUGGACAUCGACCAAGAUGACCCCAUGAUCACGGCCUCCAUCCAGAAGUGGAUCGGCGUGGGAAGGGACACCAAGGCGUGCACGAGGAAGGACUCACCCAGCCCCGGUCGGGGCCACACGGUGCUCGACCUUGGGCAGGAGAUUCCGAACCCCGGCGGGUCCUCGCCGGCGCUGUCGCUGCGGCGCCAGGACGGUGCCAGCGGCUCUGGGGGAUCGGGGCUGUCGGCGGAAUCGGGGGAGUGGCCGGGGGCGAACGGCGGCAGGGCGCCGGUAGACAGGGACUGGAGGGGCGCGGGGUCGUUUCGGGUGCGACUGGGGCAGGGGCUGGCGCUCCGGGCGCGCGGGGACGGCGUGGGGAACCACCCCUUGCUCGACGGUUCAGGCCGCGCUGACGACUCCAGCCGCGUUCAGUAG